GACUGUGCUGGUGUAGUUGGUUAAAAUGUGGAGAUAUGUGUCGUUGCUUUGUCGUGUAAUAUUUGUACCAUUCUGUAUCAAUGUGCAAGCCAUAUUUAUAUGUAAUUCUUUUAGACGGAUAAAUGAAAUUGUUUUUCGAUCUUUUAGGGUAUUAGGGGAUUUUAAAAUUGUGAUUUACAUGCCUGAAUAUAGUAAAAUGUAGUAAUAAAAGGUGCACUCUGUAAUUUUUUGUUUUGUUUUGCAUGUUGUCUUGUACUUACACUGACACCUUGUGGAGUGGAUGCAGCACCAUUCAAAUGCAAUAGUUUUUAUUUACUGGUGCCAUCAUAGAAAUUCAGUUUACUUGUUUUCGUUGACAUCUCCAAGAUGAAUUUGUGUGCAGUGAACAAAGGCAUAAUUUAAAGGUGCGCUCAUUAGACUUGUGUCCAUGUAGCCUUGGAUUUACAGUGACACCAAGCAGCGUAGAUCAUUGAAACGCAAUAGCUAUCAGUUAAAAUGCCAUACUAUUCACAGUCAGCCAUGAUUAAUUCAAUCCAUUAGUGAAAGUUUCCAAAAAACAGGGUGGUAACUAAGAUUAAGCAGUAAGUAUUCGACUUGUCAUGUGAUCCAAACAUGGCAGCCCCCAUGAUGGGACCCUCUUCAUGUAGAAUAAACCCGCUUUUAUAAGGUUACUGAAAUGACUGGAGUCUUCAUCUCACAAGUCAAAAUGAACCAAGAGAAAUUAGCUAAACUACAAGCCCAGGUCCGAAUAGGGGGCAAGGGCACAGCACGUAGAAAGAAGAAGGUGGUGCACAGAACAGCAACAGCUGAUGAUAAGAAACUCCAGAGUUCAUUAAAGAAACUUGCAGUUAAUAACAUAGCUGGCAUUGAAGAGGUGAAUAUGAUUAAAGAUGAUGGCACAGUCAUUCACUUCAAUAACCCCAAAGUGCAGGCGUCUCUCUCUGCCAAUACCUUUGCCAUCACGGGCCACGCAGAGACCAAGCAGCUCACAGAAAUGCUUCCAGGAAUCCUCAGUCAACUCGGUGCGGACAGUCUCACGAGUCUGCGCAAACUCGCUGAGCAGUUCCCCAGACAAGUUCUCGACAACAAAGCUCCAAAAGCCGAAGAUAUUGAUGAAGAAGAUGAUGAUGUGCCAGAUCUUGUAGAGAACUUUGACGAGGCAUCAAAGAACGAGGCGAACUGAUCAUUGGACCUUCAGUAAUUGCUGUUCAGGAUGAAGACACUUGCAGUAUUUUUAAACUAGAGUGACAGACAUAUCAUUUCAACACUAUCCAGCAAACCAGAGACUUUUAUAUCAUGAAUUGGCUGUCCAGAUCCUUUUCAGACCAUUCUCCUGCACUUAUACAGAAAGACAGAUGUUACAAGCUUAAUGGGUAUAAGUCUUAACCACAAUACUAGUUGAUCAUUUGACUGCUGUGGCUAUGAAAAAUAGUCUUAAUUAUUUUGUCCUGUUAAUUAAAGAUAAACAAAACUUU